UUAAUAAUAGCUGCGCGCGGAAAGCAAACCGCACCCAACCAAACCAGCGAGCGCAAGCAAAGCAAAGCGAAGCGAACGAAGCCCAGCAAGGAAACCACACAUGCCCCACCUCGCCGCCACUCCCCCCACUUCCUCCGCCGCCGCCGCCGUCCCCACCGCGCAUCCCACGGCCGCGGGCCGCGUCGCGUUCCGGCGCCCGUGGGACACGCCGCGCCUGCGGGUGCGCGCGCGGGGCGUCCGUCGUGAGGACGGCGGCGGCGUGCGCACGGAGGAUCAGGAGCAGGAGCGGACGUCAUCGCGGACGUUCUACGACCUGCUCGGGAUCUCGGCGGAGGGGAGCCCCGAUGAGGUCCGGGCGGCCUACAGGCGGCUGGCGCUCAAGUACCACCCGGACGUGUCCCCGCCGGGCGCCGCGGCGGAGAACACCCGCCGCUUCAUCGAGGUGCAGGAGGCCUACGAGACGCUCUCCGACCCGAGCCGCCGCGCCAGCUACGACCGCGCGCUCGCCCGCGGCGUCUGCCUCUUAGCCUUCUCCGGCCGCCGCUCCCAAUCCCACCGCGCCUACCACCACCACCACCACCACCAGGAGCAGGAAGAGAAAUUUGGCUGGAGAAGGUCAUGGGAAGACCAGAUUGCAGAGCUGAAGAGGAGGAGCACGACAAAGGAUUCAGAAGAGAACCUUUCGUGGGGCGCUCGUAUGCGGAGAAGGGCCGAGGCAUCAUCAGCAGAACAGCUAUAAUAGCACGAUUAGUAGGGUAUAUGGUCUGCGAGGUUAUUAAGCUGUGGAUCUAAGAUGUAAAGAUGGGCCUGUUGGAAAAACCUGCAGCGACCUGUAGUUAGUAAUGUAGCAGUAGUAGCUGUAGCGGUGGCAUCUGCCAGGAUUGGGAAACAGCAGCACCUGGAGUGUGGCUGCUGGUUGCUGACCAACAUCCAUGGCCCUGGCGUAUAUAUAGUUGAUGAGUUGCUUCCUGCUGCCCUGCUGGGAUGUAUGUAAACGACUCAACUAUGUUGUCCUUGAGUCCUGUACAUUUCUGGCUAGUCCAAUGUAAAUAGUACAAACAUCAAUAACGAAGAAGCAAGCUAGCUGUUCUUCCAAUA